CCUCCGUGUGUGUUAUUUCAUAUAACCAGGUGGCGGUAUCACCUAAUAACGUUGGUUGUGAUCCGUCAAUAAACUAGGAGAAGAAGAAGCAGAUUCCGGGCUGCGUCCCUGCGUCCCACAUCCAUGGUGCGUCCUCACAGCGGAGCUUUGCAGACACACGCUUUAGAUUGAAGAUCCAAAACAAGACGAGAACCUGGUAGAACCAGGAUCCGGAGAUGGACCGGGAUCAGAACCAGGACCAGGACCAGGACCAGGACCAGGACUCCAUCAGGACCGGAGCGGGAUGUUCCUCUGCUGGUCUGCAGAAACAUAAAGGCAAAGACAGACCCACAAGUUAUCGCUGUGAUCACUGCAAGAAAGUCCUCAUCUCUUCAUCAGGUCUGAAGAUACACAAGAGGAUUCACACUGGAGAUAAACCGUUCAGCUGUGAUCAGUGUGGAGCAGCUUUUAACCAACAAAGUUAUCUAAGGAUUCACCAACGCAUUCACACUGGUGAUAAACCAUUCAAAUGUGAUGAGUGUGGGGCAGCUUUUAGCCGACAAGGUAAUCUUAGGACUCACCAACGUAUUCAUACUGGAGAUAAACCAUUCAGAUGUGAUCAGUGUGGGAAAGCUUUUUAUCAUCAAGGUAAUCUAAGUGCUCACCAAUUUAUUCACACUGGAGAUAAACCGUUCAUAUGUGAUCAGUGUGGCAAAGCUUUUACCACAUCAAGUUGUCUAAGGAUUCACCGACGUAUUCACACUGGUGAUAAACCCUUCAGAUGUGAUGAGUGUGGGACAACUUUUACCCAACAAGUUCAUCUAAGGACUCACCAAAGUAUUCACGCUGGAUAUAAACCAUUCAGAUGUGAUCAGUGUGAAGCAGCUUUUAGUCAUCAAGGUAAUCUAAGGAAUCACCAACGUGUUCACACUGGAGAUAAACCAUACAGAUGUGAUCAAUGUGGCAAAGCUUUUACCACAUCAAGUUGUCUAAGGAUUCACCAACGUAUUCACAGUGGUAAUAAACCCUUCAGAUGUGAUGAGUGUGGGGCAGCUUUUACCCAACAAAGUCAUCUAAAGACACACAGAAAUAUUCAUACUGGAGAGAAACCAUUCAAAUGCGAUCAGUGUGGGGCAGUUUUUACCACAUCAAGUAAUCUAAAGAGGCACCAACGUAUUCACAGUGGAUAAAAACUACAUCUAUGAUCCGUCUGUGGCAUCUUUUCAUUUGGGAAUUUAGUUGAAAGGCACCAAUUCGUACAUGUAAAGAAAUAUUUCUGGUGCUUAGAUUUUCUGAAUGGUUUUGAAUCAAAAACAAAUUCCUAUAGGAUGGAACCUCUUUUACUAUGGCAAGAUUUGGAGAAUUGAGUACAGCACCAAAAAUAUCUAAGAUGCUUUAAAGGGUGUGUUGUAUCAUUGCGCAUGAAAUACUGAUAGAAAUUGUGAUGUAAAAACUAGUUAAAUUCUCUAAACAUGAAAAUAUGUGAAAAUAAUGAUAAUACUAAUAAUGAUUGUAUGUAAAUUAAUUUGUUCUGUAUUGUUCAGUUUUACAGAAACAAUAAAAGUUAAACUUCAUGCGAGGAAGGAAGGUUUUCUGCAUUUUUGUUCACUAUCUGUUUAGCUUUUUUCAGCUACGCAAGCGUGAGGACAGUAAUAAAAGGACAUCCACACAGCGGAUCAGACACAGGGAUCAAAUGCUAAACAGCCCAGAGUGAGCAGCUACGCCAUGGAGCAACAACAGGAUACUGGACAUUGUCCACAUCAGCCGCCUCCCUGCAGGUCUCAUGCAGCUAUACUAUAUCAUCCAGAUGGGGAGUUCUGGGCAGUAAAAAUUUGACGGCCGUCCAGAAAACUACUGGGCUUGGAAAUCUUCCUUCCAAGUUGUCACUAAUAGAUCUUGAUUUAUCAGCCAGAGAAGAGCUUGACCUAUUGAUUAAAUGGCUUGGUUCACAGUCCGCUUCGCAAGCCAAGAGAAUUAGGGCCAAUCCCAAUACACCCCCUACUUUCUACCACUAGCCCUCACUCACUACCACUAGCCCUAAAAAUGAAGCCACAAAUUUUAGGGCCCUUGUAAUCUUCCCAGGGCCCUGUCCCAAUACACCCAC